UGACAUUUAACCAUAUUGAUAAUUAUUGGACAUCUUUUCUUAAGGAUUUAGUGAAUUGAACUCCAAGUUUUUGGUUAUUACUUCACACUAAUGCAAUCAAGAACUAAUUUGCACACAUAUGUAUAUUUAUAUAUAUAUAUGCAAAAAUUGAAUGAAGAUAUAAACAACAUACAUUAACAGUAACAAUGAUCAUGAAGAUCAGUUUCUUAUUAGCAUUUUCAAUUUACAUUUGUCUAUGCAGGGCAAAAGAUACUGAUAAUCUCUAUGAUGUUUGUCCUACCGAUACAACGCAUAAGAACACCUUCAUAAAUGGUUUUCCAUGCAAGAAUCCAGCACAAAUUACUGCUUCUGAUUUCAAAAGCUCUGCUUUGAGCAAGGAAGGUGACACGGAUAACUUUCAACGUUCAUCAACAACAUUAGUCACUGCUGCAGAAUUUGCUGGACUCAACACUCUCGGGUUAUCUGUUGCCAGGACUGAUCUGGAUGUAGAUGGCAUGAUAAUGCCACAUGCUCAUCCACGAGCUUCCGAGAUGAUGUUUGUUGGCAAAGGAGUGGUGAUUGUUGGAUUUAUCGACACGAAAAGCCAAGUGUUCCAAAAGACUCUUAAACAAGGUGAUGUGUUUAUUGUCCCUAGAGGGCUUCUACAUUAUAACUUGAAUUCGGGGUUCGAAUUAGCCACUGUGUACUCAGUGCUAAGCAGCCAGAAUCCUGGUAUGUUGAGUAUAUCUGAUGCAAUGUUUGCACCAGUUGUUUCGGAACCCAUGAGGGACCUGAUGAAGAAGCUGUUUUCGCGUUCAAAAUUGGGAACGAACCAGAUUAAAAACGUGACAUCGUUUCGUUGUUAAACUUCAUAACUUCAAGCAUUUUCGUUUCCAAUAUAACUUGUGCC